UUGGACGGCUAAUGCGGUUUGUCUACUGACAGCAAGGGUAAGAUUUGUUGUUGAUCGUCUUAAAGUGACAAGUAGCAGAAUCUGCCACCAACGGGACAACUAUGGCAGACAAAAGUAUUGAAGAUAGAGGGAUGUCGAUAUUUCUGGAUGUGUUCAGACGAGCAGACAAAGAUGAUGAUGGUUUUAUAUCUUGGGAAGAGUUUAUUGCCUUCUUCGCGGAUGGCGUAAUGGGUAAAGAAGAGCUGCGAGUCCUGUUCAACGAGAUCGACACCCACAACACUGGCAACAUCGACACCGGGGAGCUGUGUUCCUACUUCGCCUCUCACCUGGGGGACUUCCAGCAGAUCUACGGGACCCUGGAGGAUCUGUCAGCUAAAGUCACGAAUGUGCUCUUCUCUACAUCCCAGAGUUACGAGGGAGCAGAUAGAAAGGAGAAGUUUGUGACCCGGUUCCUGAUGCGGGAACUACAGAACCAGUUGUCAGCCCUGCAGCAGCCGCUGGAGGCAGCAUCGGAGGAACUCGACCUCCAGGCGCGCAGAGAGAGGGCAGACAUACAACCUGUUGACGUGGAAGCCAUGAAGAAGACAGGAUCUACUAUACCAGGUCGGAUUGUCCGCAGGGCCAAGCGACAGGUCAGCUCUCAGAGCACAAACAGUGAAGCAGUUGAAAAUAUUGUGGAUGGCUAUGGUAACCAAGUGCUGACACUGCAGGUGGACCGGCUGGAGAAUCUCAUAGACAAACUGGAAUCUAAGGUGAACUUCGACAACUUCGUUGAUGAAGAGGUCGUGUCUGAACCUGAUUGCCUGAUGCUGAUGCUACAGAGGAACUUUGAAGUCAAGGCUGAGGAACUGGACAACUUCAAGUCAAGUCUCAAGUUGUAUGUGGAGUCUAUACAGGGUGUCGGUGGAUGUCGCAAUGUGAGUGUUCGAUCAUUCAGAGACAGCAACAAGCUGACAGUGUACGAGAUCUGGACUUCAGAAGCAGACAAGAAAAGGAGUGAAGAAAGUGCUGCUAGUUGUACAUUCAUGACGGACAUCGCAAGUCAGCUGGCGACUCCCGAGACUGGCAGUAGCAUGACUGUCCCAGGGAGCUGGUGGAGUCAGUAGGGUAGAUACAGUAGAACACAUGGAGGUUCUGUAGGGCCAACCUCAGUAUACCUCGGCCAUGUUCCUGUCUCCUCACCAGGUGGGGCAGUCGUCUCAUCACCUUGGGUAUGAAGGCAACAGACAUAAUCACUGGUGCGUUCCAGUGGGUAAGAGUUCCUCCCAUUUGCCCAUCCCAAAUAAUAUUUUAAAUUAAUAUAUACUAAAAUUAUCAACAAUUCCUAACACAACACUUACUAAAGAACUCACAAAAACAACUAAAAGCCCUAAAAUUCAUUACAAUAUAUAGGGUCGAACCAUGUUGUAUGAUAAGGGCCCCAGGCAGGGUAAUGUUACCAAAACAAUAUAUGGCGGAACGGAAGGAACUCUUUCCUUCCAGUGUAUCUGGUUGGAUGGAUUGCCAGACUGAGAAGCCACAUUUUUCGUGGUGACUUCACAAAGUAUUUGUAGUAUUGUGCCAGGAGUCAUAUGAGAGAUAACGGAUGAAGUACUACAGCUAUUUCAUGAAUUGUUCCUGCCAAAUAGCAAGGUUCUAUAUACAUGUAUCUACUAUGUCUUAUUUUUCUUGGAUGUGUUUUAUCCACAUGUUAUGUAUUGUCACUCAUGAGAUCUUUUGUACCCUUUUAGCAUAGAAAGCAGUAAUUUGUUUGGAUGACUAUUUCUGGCAUCAUGUCAUAAAAAUCAUGCUCAGAAUGAGGCUGUGGUGGUGAACGGGCCCAGGUUGUCGUUCCGUGAAUAGGUCCUGCACUACCACAGUCAGAAUUCUUGUUCAUUGACAGGUUUUUACAAUUUACCAUUAAUUACUAUGUAUAAAAUUAAUUGUUCUCGUCACGAUAUGGCUGAAAUAUUGCCGAUGUGACGAUAAAUUUUAACUCACUCACUCAUAAUUCUUUGCUCCAUGGAACGGAAGCCAGGGUAUUUAUGCUAAACAAUGGAGCAGACAUGAUGAGGAUUAUCAAGGAUGCCUUCUUGUUAGCCAGGUUUGGGAGCGUAUGAACAAAACAACUGACCAUGACAUUAUUUUUAGGUCAGCUUGUCUUGCUUGUGUUCAAUAUACUGAUGCUGUAAUAAUCAAAUACUGUUGAUGAUUUGGGUUAGCUGUUCUCUUUGACAGUUAAUGAAGUUCCUGUACUCAGGUUGUUGUUGUCAACAGAGACCAUAAAAUAGAUAUUAUAUGGUCUCUGUUGUCAUGUCAUUCUGUUGUCAAGGUGAUCACGUUUUUUGGGAAUACAAAGGGUGUGUCAAGGUGACAUGCUAGCCAUAGGACAAACUUUUCUUUUAACUUGAUUUAAAAAAUCUUCACAUCCCAAAAAUUACAAUGUAAAAAUCAAACUGAUUUUGUUAUGCUGUGGACAAGAAAUAUUUCAAAUGGUUUAAAAAAUUGUUAACUGUUGCUAAAAAAAUAAAUAAAUUAUUCAAAAAUACUAAAAUUAAGACUUGUUGAAACUCUUUGAAACUUGAAGACACACAAUGAAUCAUAGUGAGAGGUAAGAGGAAACAAUAUAUGCAAGUGAGUUUUACACCCCCAAACAUAGAUCAAAUGUGUACCAAAGUUUUGAUAGUCCAUCAAACGAAUACCUUGCAUAGCAUGCAUAGCAGGAUGUGAAAUUUCAUAGCCUGGUUUACUUUCACUUUGUUUUCCAGUAUGAACAAUAGGUCUGAUAGCAUGAAAUAUUUUAGUUUCUUUAUGGGCAUGUUGUAUUUCUAGAACUGCCUUAUUAUGUAUGCAUAGCAUUUCAGGCACUAUAAUAAAUGGUCACAAACUAAUCAAAGUGAAAGUAGAACGGCCUGGACCCAGUCAUGCUGUAUGCAUCAGUAUGAAGUUGCUGCCUAUAAUAUGUUUCUCAUUAGCUCUAGGCCAAAUAGUUCGUUAACCUGUCAUGGUUGUUUGAUAUUUGGUGACCACCGUGUCAUAAGUUGUCUAUCAUACUCACGUUUUUGAUAUUGACAAAAUGUCAUGUCACAGGAAAGUUCUUCUCAGCUCAUGUUUUUGAUAUUGACAAAAUGUUUCUUCUUAGCUCAUGUGUUCGAUAUUGACAAGAUGUUUCGUCAAAGCUCAUGUUAUAAAUUUUCACACGUUUUCUUUUUUAUAGAUUUUUUACAUUGUCAGUAAGCAUGUUGUUUACAGUUGUUGUUUAUAUCUCUUGAAUCUAAUACACGUUGACAGAGUUUGUUGGUUUUUACUUCUCUUUACCAGUAUACAUAACUGCAUUGAGAUUACCAGAACAGGUGCUUCACGAUACUACCUGUAUGUAGUAGAAAAUGUGAUCCUCAUGAUCCUAGUUUGAACAAUGUGAUCCUCAUGAUCUUUGCUUUAGAAGACAAUGUGAUCCUAGUUUGAGUAGACAAUUUGAUCCUAGUUUGAGUAGACAAUGUGAUCCUCGUUGGAGUAGAUAGUAGGAUCCUAGUUUGAGUAGACAAUGUGAUGCUAAAUGUAGUAAAUGUGAUCCAAGGUUUAGUAGAAUAUGUUAUAAGAGUUUCUGUAUAAAAUGUGAAUAUAUUUCAGGUAGAAAGCAAAGAUACAAGUGAUUACUGAUGUGUAGAGCAAAGUAUGAAUCUCACUCAGUGUCAGUUAUGGUCAUGUUGGUCAUGUUGACAAUUGUCAACAGUCAGUGGUCAUUAUUCUACAUUGUUGUACUUGCUUUGUUAUUCUUAUCUGUAAAAUAAGAAUUAAAAAUAUAUAUUGCAUGCCAUUAGCUAGUCGGUGUUCAAUGAGAGUUAACAUGGUGAGUCAUGGCUGAGCUUGAUCUGCAGAAUGGGAUUCGGUCAUUUCUGUCAGUCAUGAGCUGUCUGUCAAGUUAUGACAUGGAGCCACAACAUUUCCUGGAAGAGUUAUAACAGUUUAUGAACCAAACAUAGGUUGUAUGGAAUAUUUGAUAUGUAUAGUACUUCCAUGUCUUUCUUUGGAACACUCAGACCAUGUGUUUCAGUUGUCACUUGGCAUGUUGAACUGGUCCUUCUCCUGUACACUGGAUUCAGAAAGAUUCUGCUGAGACAGAAAUGCAAAUUUUGUUAGAAUACUGUCAAACACCACAAAAUAAAAUUAUCUGUCUGUA